GUCUCCGACGCGUCGUCGCCGUGCAAAACAUCUGAAAUAUGUCGCGCGCCGAAGGCUCGAGCCCGUCCAUCACCGCCGGCGACGUCGCGGCCGCCCAGAAGGAGUGGAGCGACCGCCUCAUCGCCAUCGGCAAGACUUUCAGCGACGGCGGCGACUACAAGGCCGUCGCCCAGGCCACGCUCGACGCCCUCUACGGCUACGCGUCGGGCUUCGACGUGCUCUUCAAGCCGACGAAGGCCGCCGACAAGGCCAUCCGCCUCACGGAGGCCGAGGCCGCGUCGUACUUCGUCGGCGACGGCUGCUGCGCCGAGGACAAGGGCUUCGCGCUCGCGCCCUACACGGCCGUCAAGUGGGACAACAAGGGCGCGAUCUUCCACGGCGACUCGGCGACCGCCAUGGGCGAGUACACGUUCACGGACGCCGCCGGCGGCGAGACCAAGGCCGAGUACACGUUCCAGUACGCAAAGGCCGCCGGCGGCUCCCUGAAGAUCGUCGUCCACCACAGCAGCCUGCCGUACAAGAAGUGAGCGGGUGGAUUUCGCCGGUCUACCGCCUCGGCGGCAUCAACUCCGGCGAGGCCGAGUGCUUCGCGCCGCGCCGCGUCGAGGUCCGCGAACUCGGCGGGCGCCUCCGGACGGCGACCUCCUCGAGAAGUUCCACGCCGUGGACCACGGCGCGCGACACGAUCCCUCCCCCUCAAGUGUAAUUCAGAUGCAAA